AAAACAACUAGUUCUUCACACAGAGCCAAUGAGAUGUGUUGUACUCUAGUAAAUACUGUGUGUACUCUGACGCUGAUAAUGUGUUGUACUUUAGUAAAUAUUGUGUGUUUUCUUCUCUCCUUCAGAUUUCAGCCAGUUUGUCCCACUGAGAGCAGUUUUCAGCCCACUGAGCCGGAACUAAUCCCCCUCCGCAGUCUGCAGUUUAACCGUGGACUGCUUCAUGAACUCCGUAAGGGCAAUGCGACAAAAGAACAAAUCYGCCUACACAACCUGGUCCAGCAGCUGCCUCGGGCCAUCAUCAUUGGGGUGCGUAAAGGGGGCACCCGGGCUCUGCUGGAAAUGCUCAACCUGCAUCCGGCGGUGAUCAAGGCCUCACAGGAGAUCCACUUCUUUGACAAUGACAGAAACUACGCCCGGGGCAUCAACUGGUACAGAGAGAAAAUGCCCUUCUCCUUCCCCCAUCAGAUCACCAUUGAAAAGAGCCCCGCCUACUUCGUCACAGAGGAGGUUCCUGAACGCAUCUUCAAGAUGAACUCGUCCGUUAAGCUGCUGAUCAUCGUCCGAGAACCCACGACUCGAGCCAUAUCUGACUACACUCAGGUGCUGGAGGGGAAGGAGCGCAAAAACAAAACCUACCACAGGUUUGAAGACCUGGCCAUUGAUGCCAGCACAUGUGAGGUGAACACUAAAUAUAAAGCUGUUCAGACCAGCAUCUACACAAAACACCUGGAGCGCUGGCUGAACUAUUUUCCAGUGGAGCAGUUUCACAUUGUAGACGGAGAUCGCCUCAUCACAGACCCUCUGCCGGAGCUGCAGCUCGUCGAGCGCUUCCUAAACCUCCCGUCCAGAAUUAAUCAGUAUAACCUGUACUUCAACGCCACGCGGGGGUUCUACUGUCUCCGGUUUAAUCUGGUCUCCAACAAGUGCCUGGCAGGCAGCAAAGGCCGCACUCAUCCUGACGUGGACCAGUUAGCGACGAUGAAACUGCAAAAGUUCUUCCACCCCUUCAAUCAGAAGUUUUACCAGAUAAGUGGAAGAACAUUUAACUGGCCACGAUGACUUCUGAACUUCUCACUGACAGUUUUUAAUAUGGGGUUAUUUUUUGUUCUUCUGUUGGUUGGUUUUCAUCACUCACCACUCAAAGACAAAAACUUGGAGAUAAAGUUUUUUUUUUCAGAGUUUGUGUUUGUGUAUAUGUUCACCAACAAACUUCUGGACUUCAAGAUUGAUUUUACUGAAACUCGCAGCAUCAUUGGAUAUAAAUCUUUUUUUAACCCUUUGAAGCCAUGCUAUGCUACAGCUAACUGACCCUAAAACAACACGAAAAGGGCAGUUUGACCUGAAAUGUAAUGUGACUGUACCUGAGCCCAAUCCCAACAUUCUGACGCUCACCGAUGUUCGAGAUCCAUCUUUAAAAAGUUUCCAUUUAUUGUUUGUCUGUUAGCUAAAUAGAUUUUUUUCAAAACUUUCAGGAAUUAUUAAUUUUGUUUUUAAGAAAAAUAAAUCUCACUUUGAUUUAAUAUAUAUGAUUUAUUUGAAUGACAAUGUGACCAAAUCUAAAAACCUGAUAUAAGUGGGCUUUACAUGUGAUGUUUAGACUGAAAUAUUAGUUUCAAUGAAUGCACGUAGAUUUUUUUUGACAAUUUACCUUUUUGUCAAAGUUUUCCCUGUAAAAAAAUCCAACAAUGUCAUUAAAGAUGUACACUUUAA